UUAAAAUACUUGUGAAAGAUGAAAUAAUCCCCUGUCAUCGUUGUGUACUAGCAGCAUGCAGUGACUUUUUCAGAGCCAUGUUUGAGGUUAACAUGAAAGAAAGAGAUGAUGGGAAUGUUACUAUUAGUAAUUUAUCACCCAAGGCAGUGAAGGCUUUUCUCGAUUAUGCCUAUACAGGAAAAACUGAGAUAACAAAUGAUAAUGUGGAAAUGUUCUUCCAGUUGUCAUCAUUUCUUCAAGUUUCACACCUCUCCAAAGCUUGCAGUGAAUUUCUAAUAGAAAGUGUUGAUCUUGGGAACUGUUUACAAUUGUUGUCUAUAUCAGAAAGUUAUGGUUCUGUUCAUUUGUUUGAUCAUGCACUAGAGUUUGCACAGCACUGCUUUUCCUUGCUACUCAAAUCUAGUGAUUUCUUGGAGAUGAAUUUUGAGAUAUUACAAAAAUGUAUUGAAGCAGAUGAGCUAUAUGUCCCCGAGGAAGAAUCUGUGUUGAAAGCUGUCCUGCAGUGGACCAAACAUAAUUUAGAAACAAGACAGAAGCAUCUCUAUCACUUGAUUAAAAAAGUGAGAUUACAUCAGUUAUCUGAAAAGACACUGAAGGACUUCUUGCAUUCUGAAGAAUAUUUGCUUCAGAGCACUGACUGCUUAGGAAUAAUCAAUGAUGCAAUUAAAAGUGUACAAAACUCCAGUGGACUAUUUCCAGAUGCUCGUCCUUCAACAACAGAAAAAUAUAUAUUUGUUCAUAAGACUGAAGAAAAUGGGGAAAACAGACACACAUUUUGCUAUAAUAUCAAAACUGAUAAAUGGAGAGAACUGCCCUCCACACACAUCAUUGAUCUGCCAGGGUCAAGUUUAUCUAGUUAUGGAGAAAAAAUAUUUAUAACUGGUGGGUGCAAAGGGAACUGCUGUAGGACUGUUAGACUUCAUAUUGUUGAACCCUUUCAUGAUGCCACUGAUCAGACUUGGUGCUACUGCCCAGUCAGCAAUGAUUUCUCCAUAGUGUCAACUAUGAAAAAACCAAGGACUAUGCACACAUCUGUCAUGACUCUAAAUCAGUUAUUUAUAAUAGGUGGAAAGACUAAAGGAGCUCAGGACAUCAGAAGUCUUUUGGAUGUGGAAUCUUACAAUCCUCUCUCCAAAGAAUGGAAAUCUGUAAGCCCGUUACCAAGAGGCAUAUACUAUCCAGAAGCAAGUGCAUGUCAAAAUAUAAUUUAUGUCCUUGGUGCUGAAGUAGAGAUUACUGAUGCCUUUAAUCCAUCUCUGGAUUGUUUCUUUAAGUACAAUGCUAUGACUGAUCAAUGGUCUGAGCUUGUAGCAGAGUUUGGGCAGUUUUUUCAUGCAACUUUAAUCAAAGCUGUUCCAGUGAACUGCACAUUGUAUAUAUGUGACCUUUCCACCUACAAGGUUUAUAGUUUUUGUCCAGAAACUUGUGUUUGGAAAGGGGAAGGAUCUUUUGAAUGUGCUGGCUUUAAUGCAGGAGCAGUUGGAAUAGAAGAUAAAAUUUACAUACUAGGUGGUGACUAUGCUCCAGAUGAAAUUACAGAUGAAGUACAAGUCUACCAUAGCAACAGGUCUGAAUGGGAAGAAGUCACACCAAUGCCAAGAGCCUUAACUGAGUUUCAUUGUCAGAUGAUUCAGUUUAAUAAAUACAGAGACCCAUGGUCAUCUGUAAGGCAGUGUACUCUGGAGCAUUUUGAAACAUUAUGA